UCACGUGUUUCGGUCAGGAGAGCAGAGGAUCCACAGUGUGGAGUCUUCGGAUUGAGUCACACAGCGGAAGUGUUGCAGUGUGAGGAGCACCGAGUGAGCGUGAGACUCUUCAGCGGGAACUCAGGCGGCAUCAUGUGGGCUCGGGGGCUGGUCGGGGUCGGGGGCUUCGGUCUCGCGUUGCGGGUUUCACGGGACGACUUGCUGCGGGUCGCUGGGCUUGGAUGUGCGGGGAGGAGGCAGCAGCAGAGACCGGCGUCAAGUGCAGAGGCGGCCUUGAAGAAGACUCAGCUGUUUGACUUCCACAGAGAACAUGGGGGGAAGAUGGUGGAGUUUGCUGGCUGGAGUAUGCCUGUCCAGUACAAAGACAGCCACAUCGCCUCCCACAUGCACACCAGAGAGCACUGCUCCAUCUUCGACGUCAGCCACAUGCUGCAGACCAAAGUCCACGGCAAAGACAGAGUGAAGUUCAUGGAGUCUCUGGUGGUGGCAGAUAUUGCAGAACUUAAGGACAACCAGGGGACGUUGUCCCUCUUCACCACUGAGAAAGGAGGGAUCAUCGAUGACCUCAUAGUGACAAGGACAGACCAGGGCUACCUCUACGUCGUCUCCAACGCUGGCUGUGCAGACAAGGACUCAGCUCUUAUGAAGGUAAAUGCAAACAAACAUUGCAAACGUAGACGUCAGACAAAGGAUUUCCCUGGUGCCAACAUCAUCAUACCCCAGAUCAAAGCCAAGACGGCCAGGAAGAGAGUGGGUCUGGUGUCCACCGGCCCCCCUGUCCGACAACACACACCCAUCCUCAGCCCUGACGGGAAGGUUAUAGGUGAGGUGACCAGUGGCUGCCCUUCUCCCUGCCUGAAAAAGAAUGUUGCCAUGGGUUACGUGGAUGCUGCAUUCGCUAAGAACGGAACAAACAUCCAGGUCGAGGUCAGGAAGAAAGCAGUGCCGGCCACCGUCAGCAAGAUGCCAUUUGUACCCACUAACUACUACUCAGGAUAGGAGGGACACACACACACACACACACACACACACACACACACACACACACACACACACACACUGCAGCAUUACUCCACUCUGUCCCUUUUUUUUUAGAAAUGCUGCCCCCUUCUGAUCACUUCCAGAAAUGCAGCACCAAUGGAAGACUGAAAAAAGUUGAUUCAAACUGUAAUGAAAUAAAGUGUGUGUGUUUGUGUGUGUGUGUGUACUGGUCAGUCAGUAUUCUACAUGUGCGUGUUGAAGAAACACAGCAUACACUAACAUGGUUUCACUUGUUGAUGGUUGUGCAUUGAACUGUGAGCAGUUUAUACAUGAGAUACAUGGAAUAAACUAGUCUGCGAAUGAAUGUAUGAGCGCAGUGUAUAUGUGAACAGAUGCUCUGUAAACGUGCUUCAAAUACCAAGUUCUGGUUUUCUAUUUUGUGACUCGCCAGCAGGUUGGACUGAAUCUUUCUGCUCUUUCAGCAAGAACAAAAAAAAAAUUAAAUUUUUUAUUGUAGAAUAUAAGUUUUGCUAAUGAAUCAUUCAAAUCAACAUUUUUCAUCUGUCACUGCUGGACCAAAACAAACCAAAAUAUUCUUGUUUCGGGAGGAUUUUGGGAGGGUUCUGGUUUUGUCUGUUUAUUUGAACAAUCACCAGAUCUCAUCUGAUAAACUCUAAGUUUACUCCAGGUGUGGUACUAUAAUAGACUAACUAAGUUUAAAAGAUGUUAAUUGUUUUCUCUCUGACUGUAUCUCUCUGACUACUGAUGGAAUGUAAUUUCUUUAAUAUACUAGGACAUUAACUUUUGACUUUUUGUUGAUCGCUUUAUGUCUUAUUUCAUUAAAAUAAUGAUAAAAUACUAAAUAUAGAAAUAAUGAUAAUGCUUGAAAGUGCACUGUAUUAGAUUAGAGGUUAGAUUAGAUAGAACUUUAUUGAUAUCUUUGGGAAGACUCCCUCAGGGAAAUGAACAUGUUUGAGUGUGGAUUUUUAUAUCAAAAUUUUAAAAUGUUUUCUCUUCAAUAAAGGCAAUUUUCUCUGCA